AUGCAGGCAUAUCGACUCCUCCAGGCGCAGCAAGUGAAGUCCCCGGUCUCAUGGAGGCUGCAACUCCAAGAGUUGGCCAGUGUACAAAGCGUCCAUGGCACCGCUUUCAACAGUACUCAUGGCGGUGUGUCCACGACGAGCGUUGCUAGUUGCCUCUUCAAGAUGAUCGCACACGUCGCGGAACUCAUUGCUGCCAAGCUCUCAGAAGUCGCUCAAAAGGCGUGA